GAGAGUCAGACCAAGACAGCCGGUGAUGGAUCAGCGUACAGUCGUGCUGUUUCUAUUCUACACCUUCCGCAUGUAUGGACUCUGUUCUACAGACAUGAGAGACAGCCUUCGGUGUGUGAAUGAUUUCAUGUUCACCAUCAACUGCUCCUUGAGCCUAACACCAGCUGACUUCAUCUCCACCAACCACCAACUGUCCUACUGGCUGACUUUCAGUCAGGAAUAUACUGACUCAGACCGAUCGUAUUCGUGCAUGCUGGUAAACACCAGUGGAGGCGUCUACUCCUGCUCUGUGACAACAAACACCACAACAGCAGAGGGCUCUUCUCCCCAGUGCUUUGUGGAUUUUGACAUCUUUCAGAUCUCGCUGUGUAAAAAACAAAGCAAUGGCACUGAGCCCUGCCAACCUCUGGAUAACAGCUACAGGCCAGCGGCUCACAUUAUACCAAACGCACCAUGCUGCCUCACGGCCAGCCACAACUCAAGCCACCACCACUUCACAUGGAAAAACACCUAUGAGGAAUGUCUUUUCUCCAGCUUCAAGGAAUGCCUCAGCUAUCAGCUGCGUUUGUACAAAAGACAGCACAAACAUGAUGUGAUAUUCCAUGACAUCAACGCCGACCAUGUGUACCCUUCAGUGGAAAAUGGUAAAUUUGUGGCGGACACGGAAUACGCUGCCCAAGUGAGGUCCAGGCCGAGUGCAGAUCCUUUUUUCGGAGAUUGGAGCGAUUGGUCCAGUGAGGUCCGUUGGAGGACGUCCAGCGAUCAACCAGGCCAAGGCUUACUUUCCAAAUACAGCAAGGCUGUCUUAAUAACCUUAUGUGUCAUGGCUACACUCGUCCUGCUUUCGUGCUGUGCUCCAUUUCAAAAGUGGAGACAAGGUGUCUUCAUUCCGACACCGGCACCGUACUUCCAGAGCCUCUAUAGUGAGUGCCAAGGAGAUUUUCGGAGCUGGGUGGAGGGUCAAUCAAACAUGACUGCCGUGCUGAAGCCACAAGACAUGCUCCAAGCUGACAGCAUGAGAUCCACACAGGAGAGAACACCACAGCAUCACCACCUAGCAUGUGAGGGUAGCAUAUAUCAAAACACUGGCGAUAUCGUAUGUGAUUCUGCUCCAGUGGGUAUCCCUGUGAAACCGGCAACAAACACCAGUCUACGACCUACUGAGGAUAAGUCAGCGUGUAGGCCCAGCAGUGUUCCUCCCAUCCAGGAUGGUCCAUCCUGGUACUCUCCUGAAUACUGCACAAUGAGCGCCUUUCAGCAGCUCCAGCCAACCACAAGAAAUGCUCAAAUCUUGGUAUAAAGCAAAUAGGGAGUGUAAAUAAAAUUGAAAAGGUGCAACUCUACUGCCGUUCCAUAUGAUAGAUUGUUCAUGGUGUAGAGGUGCAUUAACUCGAGCAAUAAAGUAAAGAAACCUUUUGUAGAAAGUUUUAUUUACGCCAACACAUACAUGAACAAAGCACCAUAUAACCUUAAAGUCUGAUACAAUGGUAUGCCUAUCUGCCUUGGUCAUUACAGCCUUUUAUUUAUCCCAAAGCAAA